GGCGGGCCCGGACAGUCGGGGCGAUAACUGCUUUAUGUGUCUCCUGGGCCUGGCCUCUCUAUUGUGCGACGUGCACGCCUCAGACAUGGGAGUUCGGCUCUGGGUGUAUGGUUACUGUGGCAUUAUGUGACAGUCCGGCCCACUAACCUUUAUACAAUACUCUUGCUGGAAAAUAACCCACCUGCUCGUGCCAAGGAUCGGAUGGAUUCCAGAAGAUGAGGACUGGAGAACUUCACAACACAGCGGUCCCGGUCACAAUAAAUAUGAGCUCCAGUGAAGGCAUGGCCUGGGGUGGGGCCCACUUGUCCCCCCAUCUUCACACCGACGAAUGCAACGUGGUCAUUAACAUGCUGAAGCAGUGUCACCUCGAUAACAAAUUUCUGAAGUAUUUUGGCCAGUGUAAUGAUAUAAACCGAGAAAUGUUGAAGUGCCUGAAAAAAGAGUAUGAAGACAACAGAGCCAAAAACCGUGCCAAGUCUGAAGAGAUGAGACAAAGGCAUAUACAGGCUCAGAGAGAAGCCGAAACCCAAAGCAAGUGAAAAGGGUCAACAAGAUACGGACUCCGGCCCAACCAUCCUCCUCCUCCCCGUGUGAGACCUCGCCUGGCGUUUUGUAUUUAUGGCAAAGCGAUCAUAAAGUUUAUUUGGAUUUUUUCUUAUUGCAA